AUGGCUGAGGAUGGAUUUGAUUACGCAGCUAAAAGAGAGGGUGACUUUGAGUUUGAGCAAGCAUCAAAUACAUGCAUGAGUGUUGAAAAUGCUACACCAACACCUGAAUCCCAUCAAUCAAUAUCUCCAAUUCAGGGAAAACGAUCUCCUAUUUGGCAGAAUUUUGAGCUUGUACUACUCGUGGUUAUUUGUCUCUUAUGGCCCAUUUUUGUGGAUAAUGACUGGAAAUUACGAUCUAAGGGUAUUGAAAGAAAAAUUUGUAGUAUGACUAUUGACAAUGCAAGUAAUAUGGAUUCUAUGGUUAGGAAACUCCAAAUUGAAUUGGAUGCAAUGGCUAAAUUACCUCUUGACGGCAAAUAUUUUCAUGUUAGAUGCUCUGCCCAUAUCUUAAACUUAAUUGUCAAAGAAGGUUUGAAAGUCAUUGAUGAAUCUAUUGCGAAAGAUCAGGAGAAUGUGAAGUAUGUUGAUUCUUCUGAAGCUAGACUUAUAAGGUUUAAGCGAUGGAAUUCUACUUUCUUAAUGCUUCGUCGAGCUCUUGAUCUUUUACCGGCGUUGAAAAUGUUCGGUAGGAUAGAGAGCAAUUAUCACUUGGCGCUUACUGCUCAUGAAUGGGAAAUAGUAGAAAAAAUGUGUGAUUUUCUUGAACCCUUUUAUGACAUUACUAAUUUGUUUUCCGGUUCUGAAUAUCCCACCUCCAAUCUUUAUGUUGCCAACAUUUGUAGAAUUGAGUCACUAUUAGUGGCUGCUUCUAAAGGGGAUGAUCCAAAACUCAAAGAAAUGACAGAUCUUAUGCGUUGCAAGUUUGAUAAAUAUUGGUCUGAUUACUCUGUGCUAUUAUCUUUUGCUGCAAUUCUUGAUCCUCGGUUUAAGUUGAAAUUUUUUGAGACAUCUUUUCAAGGAUUUGAUCCUCUUCCUACUUAUUCUUCCCAAGGUAGUUCAAAUUCAGAUGCAUAUCAUCCACGCAAGACUAGUAGAGUUUAUGCGAAUUUUAUCGCUGAUGUUGCUAGUGGUGACAUGGGUAAAUCUGAAUUAGAAUUAUACUUAGAAUUGCCUUUAAAACCUUGUAAUGUUGAUGAGGAAUUCGAUAUUUUGGGCUAUUGGAAGGAGCAAUCAACAACUUCCAAGUCUUUGUCGUAUAGCUAA